AGCACAAGGCAGCGGCAUCAGCGCUGCAAGCAACCUACGGAGGAACAGCAGCCACUAGGUUUAGCCUGCCGCCUGGCCAGCCCCAUGUGCCGCCCGGCGUGGCAGGAGAUUGGCAGCCUGGACGAGAAUGCCACUGGUGGAGUUGUUGGCUCUUGUGCUGCUCCAUCGCGCCGUCGGAAAGAGAUGAAUCGGUGAUGGGGAGGUUGCACCGACAGACACACGGAAAGAGAGUGUCGUAGGUGGUCUUGUGGUUUCGGACCAGACCUCUCACGUGUUGUCGAAGAUUUAUUGGUCUGUUACAGUAGCAAGGAGGGAAGUAGCUUCUGAAAGAAACAUAAUUCAGGGAUACAUUUAAUUUGGGAAAUACACACAAGGGAGAAAUAGCUACCUUCCAGUCUCGUCGCACAGGGGACGCCAAGGCAUCUCCGAUCAGACCAUCGAGGUUCGGUGUGAAUCUCAAGCAGGACAUUACCAUGGGUACCGCGCAGGUAGAGGUUAUGAGUCCGGUCUGUACAUUUGUCAGACCAAAGAGAUUUGUUAAGUCACAGAGCUUCAACCAUCGGAAGACGCUCUCUCAGCCCGAGACACAACUCGCGGAGAUUGUGGAGAGCCUCUCCAAGUUCACUUUCGCGGUGUCCUCCGUGGAUUCCGUGAAGGAGGAGCCCGACGAUGAAAAGGAGUACAUGGCUAAGUGCGAGUGCUGUGGACUGGCGGAGGAGUGCACACCGGGAUACGUUGCUCGCAUGAAGGCCAUGUACUGUGGCCGUCUACUCUGUGGCCUCUGUGGUGAAGCUGUCAAGGAGGAGAGGAUGCGCAUGGGUCCGGUGACUUCCAUGGAAGACGCCCUUAGUGCCCAUAUGAAAAUUUGCUUCAAAUUCAACACCUUCACACGUCAAGACCCCGCAGCAGAUUUGGCCCAAGCUAUGCGGCAGAUUCUAAGAAAGAGCAUCGAGCUUGGGACGCCUCCCAAGACCAAGGGAUUGCUAUGGCAGCGCGCCGGGCUUUCUCGCAGUGAGACAUUCAGCAACCGUGGGCACCGGAAGAGUUUGCCAUGAUUUGUCGUGGAUGCCUCUGAUGAGGCUUACAAUUUACAUUGUUUUUCAAGCUUUGGCAUUUGCCUCAAAUUAGGAUACGACCUACCUCAGAAUACCGAUAGUGAAAAUCUAUCAUUGGAGCCUUUCUUUCGUUUUUAUGAAGGUGCCUGAAGUGUCAAAGUGCUUGAAGCCAAGCUCGGAUUGUCAAGCAAAAGGCAAGUGGCGGGCAGUGAAUUCAAAUGGUUUGGCAUUUUGAAAUGCCAAUUAGAACAGCCAACAUUUGAAAGAAGGCGCAAAAACAUCUGAAAGGUUCCUGACUUCACCUAGUCCUCGUAGAAUUAAUUUACCGAGGAUGGAUUGCAAGGUCUUUCCGCAAGAUUUCUUGCCAUAGUUAGGUGUCUUCCUAUUCACGAAGUACCUAACAACCACUAACAGUCGUCUGUUAGUCGCAUCAAAUUAGCUCAUUUCAACUUGGGUCUCCUUCUCCGGACCUUAACUGGUUUAAAAGCCUGUUUGCAGAAUGCCAGAGGUGCAACAAGGUUUCCAUCACACCUACGCGUCGAAUGUCGCCAGGAAUUGAGACUAACUUUGAGGCUCACACAGGUUGUGGCCCUCUUUGUUUGUCCUGCGCAAUGCCCUGGUCUUUGUAGUUUAGUCAAGUGCUGGCAGUAGUUCCUCCUCUCAGCUUGACACAUGUAGUCUAAAAUUGGAUGACUGUUCUGUUGAAGCUUUUAAUUGGCUUGGGGUUUAGUCGAAAACAUUCAACAGUCAGUAAAAAAAAGGUUUGAUUUUACCUUAGUUGAAUCCCCGUGGAGAGUCCGUUAAGUUUAGGAUGCUCGCUCCAGUUACGUUGAAUUAAUUAUCCCUGCUCCUUCCCUCCCAGAUAUAAAUCUCUUGCGAUCGAUCAGAUAUCGAUUGUUCGUGAAGUUUGUUUAUUACGUAGGCCGUGAAUCAUCAUCAAUAAAUGCAUUUAUUAUGUAUAGAA